AAAAAUCGAGUCGCACACUUUUCGUGAGAAAUCUGCCUUACACGACUACUAAGGACAAGUUAGAGGAGAUCUUCAGCGACGCGGGGCCGAUCAAGGAAUGUUUCGUGGUCAGAGAGCCAGGUGUGACAGACAAAUGCCGGGGGUUUGGAUACGUUACCUUUGCUCUCAGAGAGGACGCUGUGAAAGCAAAGGACCAGCCAGUAACUCUCCAGGGGAGGAAAGUGGUCGUGUCUUUUGCAGACAAGAAACCCAAGAAGAGAAAACGUGAAGGAGAGAUAGAACAAGAGGAAGAAAAUAAGCAGACAGAGAGUCCAGAGGGUCCCCCAGAGAAGAAGAAGAAGCAGCGCACAGAACACAGCACAGCAGGGAGGGUCAUCGUCCUGAGGAACCUGCCAGCAAAGGUCAAGGUCGAUAAGAUACAGAAACUGGUCAGUAAGUAUGAGGGAGUAGAAGAAGUCACGUACCCAGCACCAGAUAAGUAUGAGGGAGUAGAGGAAGUGACGUUCCCAGCGCCAGACACAGAAGAACCCACAGUGCUGGUGAGAUUCUCCUCCAACACCCUGGCAAGAAAGGCUCUGCCUGGUCUCGGCUCCUUAAAGGUUCAAAGCUCCUCAGUCCAGGCCGUUCUACAGUCUAAGGACAACAAGGAGCCAUCUAAGAAGUCACUCAAGAAGUCCAGAAUCAUUGUUAGGAACUUAUCCUUCAAGUGUAACAAGGAUGAUCUCAGAAACACCUUUGAGAAGUAUGGGGAGAUCACGGAUGUACAGAUUCCCACUAUACAAGGUGGUAAGAAGCGAGGUUUCGGGUUUGUCCAGUUCACCAGUGUGUUUGAAGCAGCUAAGGCUGUGGCAGGGAUGAACAGCAAACCUCUACAUGGAAGGCCCAUUGCUGUUGACUAUGCUGUGCCGAAAAAUAGAUACGAGUUGGCAAAAACACCAGAGCAAGAGGGCAAUGCAGAAGAUGAACAGAAACAAGAGGAUGGAGAUUCAGAGGAUGGUGAUGAGGAGGAGGAGGAUGAGACAGGAGAGGAGGAGGAUGGCAGUGAUGGUGAUGCUGAUGCUGCUGCUGAGGAUGAUGAUGAUAGUGAUGACUUUUCUCAUGAUGAUGAUGAUGAUGAUGAUGGAGAACAAGAAGUAGAAAGCAAAUCCAAGACCCCAAAGCCCUUCAGAGAAAGCACAGAUGUUCAACAGGGCAAGACUGUUUUCAUCAGGAACCUGUCGUAUGACUCUCUAGAAGAGGAUGUAGAGGAACUGUUCCUACAGUUUGGUGGCAUCAAGUACGUUAGACUGGUGGUCGACCCUCAGACUGAACACUCCAGAGGUACAGGGUUUGUACAGUUUAACUCCAAAGAAGCAGCAGACAAGUGUGUACAGCAGGCAAACACCGAGGGACUGAGCUUGGCUGGCCGCAGACUGACCGUCAGCAUAGCGGUGUCCAGACAACAGGCACAGAAACUCACAGAGGAUAAGAAAGAGAAGAAACCCACUGACAAGAGGAACCUUUACCUGGCCAGGGAGGGGUUGAUCCGACCCGGCACCCAGGCAGCAGCUGGCCUGACAGACAAGGAUCUGGCCAUGAGACAGAAGGUAGAGAAGAUAAAGAGAGAGAAGCUGAAGAACCCGGCCAUCUUUGUGUCCGAUGUUCGGCUGUGUGUGCGGAACGUUCCACUCAACAUGGGGGACAAGGAGCUACGGAAACUGUUCCUAAAAACUCUGGGAGACAAAAAUGUCCACAUCACAGAGUCUAGAAUCAUGCGGGACCUGAAGAACGUGAACAGCCAGGGGGUCGGCAAGUCUCGCGGCUACGGUUUCGUCUCGUUUUCCCAACACGAUCACGCGCUCAGGGCGCUACGGGAGACCAACAACAACCCCAACGUACUACCUGGGGGCAGGAGACUGAUAGUUGAGUUUUCCCUGGAGAACAAGCUGGCCCUGAAGAAACAGGAGAUGAGGCUGGCAAAGGCCAAAGCUGUGAGAUCAACCACAAAGGACAACAAAAAACAACAACCAGCAACAAAUGGCAGAAGCGCCCCCGCCAACAAAAAACCUACCCAACCCACCCCUUCCCUAGAAAACAGCAGCCAACAACAAACCCUCAGCAGAAAGCAGAAGAGGAAACAGAGACAGAAGGAACGACGGGAAAAAAUCCAACAGGAAAAGCUGGACAGACUUGACGGCGACUUUGAGGUCUCGAACCAGCAAAGUGGCGUAAAAGCGGUGAGAGGGACGAAGGGUCUUCCGUCACACUUAGGGCCAAAGAUCAGACAGAGAGACAGAGGGAAGGUGGUACAGAAGGUUGCGAAGAAACCCAAAGCGAGGAACACUCUGACCAAGACAAAACAAGAACCACUCAAGCAGAGGAAAGCACAGACCCCGUCUCAGCCCAGCCGCCGUUCCAACAAACCUGAGCGUAAGGAGGAGGCAAAGUUUGACCUUCUGGUGCACAGGUACAAGGAGAAACUGUUCGGGAAGGACUCGGGAGGACAGAUGAAGAAGUCCAAGUGGUUCAAUGAAUAAUCUUCAUCCUAAUCCUAAUCUGGAAACAGUCAGAUGAAGAUUCUAAAGGUUUCGAUGUCUAAUCCCUUUUUCAGUCUCAUAACUCAUCCAAAUCUCAUGUCAAGGGAAGGAGAAACUGUACGGGAAUGACUCGGGAGGGCAGAUGAAGAAGUCCAAGUGGUUCAAUGAAUAAUCUUAAUCCUAAUCUUAAUCUUAAUCUUAAAAUCACUGAAAAAACUACAAGGAGAAGCUGUUCGGGAAGGACUCGGGCGGGCAGAUGAAGAAAUCCAAGUGGUUCAACGGAUAAUCUUAAGACUUAAUGCUACUUAAUCUUAAUCUCAAAAACACUGAAAAAUUACAAGGAGAAACUGUUCGGGAAGGACUCGGGAGGCCAGAUGAAGAAAUCCAAAUGAUUCAAUGAAU